AUGCAAAUCCUCCACAGGAGAUCGCAAGCUCGUCAUGUAGCGCCUCAGGGUGCAUCAGUGUUCUUUGAGGAAGGCACUGACGGUACAUGGCAUUCUUACCAACUUUCGACAUCCCCACCGUCCGACGAUCAACAACUCUCUCAACUAUCACCACCCUUUCAACUGACUGGACUCUCCUUUAUCUCGUCCCCUACACUAAAACAGUCCAUCUCACUGCUUGCGCUCACGUCCUCUCACGUCCUCCUCUCCGGUGUGUCGCCUACCUCUCCAUCGGAGAUAAUUCUCCUCCUAUGGGAUCUUCAAUACUCCAUUCUCCUCACCUCCCAAACCUUGCCCAUCCCCUCAGUGUUGGCACCCAACCCUCUACAACUCCGUCUGGUUCCCGCUUCCACUAUCUCCAGCAAAGAGGCCCAAAACCAAACCCUCCAAGAUCAAGCACUUCUCCUCCUCUCCCCCUCCGGAAAAACCGCAGAUAAAAUGCAAUCUACUUCGAGUGUCAUCGUCGUUUCAUACGCAAUCCCUCACACAUCAACCAUCGCAGCUGCUAUGGGUAAAGCAGCAUCAAGCAAGCAAUGGAUACGCAAUACGCCCACGACUCAGACACAGCCAGCUGAUGUGGCACGCACAAAACUCCUUGAAACAAUGCAACACAACCAAUGGUGCAACCAAGCCAUCUCUGAGCUUCACAUUUGUCAGAGAUGUACUCAACACUGUUCUCUCAACGUCAAUAAAAAGCAACAAAGCCCAUCUUUCACCAUCGUCGUAUUCACCCGAGGUGCUGAAGUACCUACUAGAGAGAAGGGUGGUGUCCAGUGGCAUGGUAGAUGGCGGCAACGGCCUCCUUACCGCCCUGAGAGCCAGGAACGACUGGCUUUCACCACCGUCUUGGACCUCCCAGAAUCAGAGAUUGUCGAAUGUCUACGCGUCGUUGCCGUUUAUCACCGGGAACAACACUCAGCCGACGCCAUGGAGGUUGACUCCCAUCCCGCCACAUCCAUCCCAUCCCUCCCCUCCUUCUUAUCCCUUUGUACGACAUAUCCAACAUCCCAAAAAUACCUUCUCCUCGCCCUCCGUCAACAUCUUCGAGAGAUCGAAGACAUAAUGUGUGUCGCUCAAGUUCUCGACGACUGGGUCAGCAAAUGGGGAGCACGGAGAGCAGCGGGCGAGGAGAGACUGCUUCCUUCAAAGAAAGACAUUCGAAAGAACGAGCAUGGGAUGUGGGUAGUUGUUGGAAGGAAGGAUGCAGGGAAGAAGCAGGACGAGCUGCUGCCUCUUGAAAAGGUACUUUACCAACUUUGCCCGCUCAAACAUUGCUUACACCGCUACCAGGUUGUUGCUUUCCUACAAACACUCAUGGAUGCUUCCUUCCUCUCCCUUCUGCAGCAUCCUCCCGCUCACCAGAUCUUGAAGCAUCUACGGGCUCAACUAGAGCCAGAAGUGGUGUUCGCUGAAAUGGUAGAACAACUGAGAGGACCUUUGGAGCCGUUCGCAGUAGGACACGAAAAGGCAUUGAAGGAAGCUGCCAUACCAGAGAAGGAGAGGAAGAAGGAAAGAGAGAAGGGUGAUUGGAGGCAAAGGAAGAAUGACAAGGCGAUGAGAACAGACAUUGGCGUAUACCAGCUAGAAGAGCUAGUUUUGUGA